AUGUUUCCCCGUCUCGUUCCUACGGAAUUCUUUUGGUUUGAAAUGGUUCGGGCCAGACUUUCCGGUUUCCGCUCUCAGUUAGAGGGGAUGCUCUUCGGUAAUGAAAUCCCUUGCAAGACCAAUUACUUUUAUGUAUUGAAAGCCAAUUUCUUUGGGAGAUCAAAUCUCCCUGGUCGUAUUCAUAUCUCUAGGUUCCAUGAGUGUGGUCUUCUCCCCGUACUCAUGCAUUUCCCGCCAGUCCGUCCUAUUCCUUUUGGUACCAUGGUCCGACAGAUGUCCAGCUCCGACCUUGAUGAUAUCUUCUCUACGACUCACGACCGCACCACAGUGGAUGAAAAGCCUAUUUCAGAUCCUCCAGAUCCUUCUUCAAGAUACGGCGGUGCCGAUGACGUGGGGACGCCUUCUAUCCUCACAUUAGACUCUUCGUCUUCGACGAUUCUUGACAAAAGCGAACAAGUGCCUCAGCAUCUCUCAACGUUCAGAAUUCUCAUGGUCCACAUCGGGGCUGCUUUAACGCUGUUUCUUGCUACGACGGAUGCUAAUAUUGUUUCGACGAGUUUACCAACGAUUUCGAAUGACCUUGGAGCUUCAGAGUCCGAGUACACCUGGGUCGGUGUUGCGUACAUGUUGACCCAGACUGCAUUUCAACCCCUCUAUGGAAGAAUAUCCGAUGUUGUGGGCCGAAAGUGUUUGUUAUUGGCGAGCGUGAUAAUUUUUGCCCUUGGAAAUUUAGUGUGUGGACUUAGCAAUAGUAUCACCAUGCUCAUUGGGUCUCGUGCCCUGGCAGGAGUUGGUGGCGGCGGUAUCGUGAGUUCAGUGUGGGUCAUUACAGCUGAAAUCGUCGAGGUACAACAUCGGGCCAAGUGGUCACAGGCCUUGAGCAUUACAUGGAGUUGCUCGGCCAUUGCAGGUCCUCUGUUGGGGGGCCUUUUCAGUGGCGACACGGACUCUGUUCUAAGCUGGAGGUGGGGAUUCUACCUCAAUCUACCUAUCUGCGCGGUCGCUACGCUAGUACUUGUCUGUUCUCUCCACGGGGUCAGCUUACAGAGGUCUAGUAACUAUACAUUGCGCACUAUAAUUCAGCGAUUCGACUUUGGAGGCUUGAUUCUUUUCAUGGCAGGGACAUCUUUUAUCGUCGUGGGAUUUAGUUUUGCGGAUGAGAACGGUUGGAAAUCUGUGACGACGAUAAUGAUGCUAGUGCUGGGUCUCCUUAUUCUUAUUGGCGGUGGGGUUUAUGAGAUGAAUACCGGCCGGGACUGUCUGUUUCCAACAACAGUAUUUACCGAUCAUUCUGCGAUCAUAAUCCUUGUCGUUACCUUUGUCCACAAUUUUGCUUACAAUGCUGGGCUGUUCUACCUCGCGUUCUUCUUUCAGUCGGUUGGCAACUACACCCCUUUGCAAGCUGGUAUCAGACUCCUUCCAUUUUCUUUGGGCUCUUCGCUUGCAUCAAUGCCGGCUGCGUGGUUCAUUGCUUACUGGCAGUCUCGCCGUCGGGACCUAAGUGGCCAGAACUGGAUUAUGUCGCUCGGUCUGCUUAUUUCGACCGUUGGCUUCGGGCUCCUCAUUCUCCUGAGAGCAGAGGCGUCGGACGUACAGGAAGUCUUGUUCCCACUGAUCUGUGGGAUUGGGAUGGGGGUUAUGUUACAUGCACCUUAUCAGAUUUUUGUGAGGACACUCAAAUCACAAGAGCUAGCGACGGGCACGAGUGCGUUCUUUCUGGUCCGCUUCACCGGAGCAACAGUCGGACUCGCUGUUUCGGGCAGCAUCUUUUACGCUCGAGUAUCAAGCCGUUUGCCAUCGGGCCUGCCAAUAGAAAUCCAAGGAUCAUCUCUGGACUUUAGUGGGCUCAACUCGAUCGAGCCCGUGUCAUUGCAGUGGGAGGUUUUGAAUAUUGUCGCGACUUCUGUUCAGACCAUCUGGGUCGUUUGUACACCCUGUCUGGGGCUCGCCUUCUUGCUAUCUCUGUUGGUGCGGAAGCUACCGAUUGACCGGUCAGCAGAUGGUGAUUCGGAGAAACACAUAUCCACGGGUGGUAGUACUGCAUGAAGUGUGGACGUAUGAGAAGGACUCGAAAUACUUUAUAACGGUAUGUAUAAUUAUAUACUGGGUUUCUUUGUCGCAUCCCAGUGCAUUAUAAUAAAGAUAUAGAUAGAUAUGUAGACGAAUCCAAGGGAUCUCUACUUAGUUCCAUAUAGCAAUGUAUCGAUUGGCC